AUGUCGGAGCACCAUCGGGCUGCUUGGGGUUCGCGUGAGGACGCCGUCUGGUGGCCGAAUGGUAUCACGUCGACGGAGCAACAAACAUUGCAGCACCAUCAGCAUCUAAUCAAUCAACACCACCAGCAACAGCAUGCCCAACUGCAGCACCAGGCCGCUGUGCAGCAGCACCAGGCCGCUGUGCAGCAGCAGCAGCAGCAACAAAACGAUAGCGCUCGAAUCAACAGCACAACAUCCACAUCCAUAACGCAGAAGCUGUUGUCGUAUAGAAUGAUCAACAAUAUCCAGAACCCGAUCAGCACCGAUGUGACGGUGUCUACUUCAACCGCACCGUAUGACUAUGGGCUCGGUGUGAGCACGGUGGUUGCACGUCCCGGUGACCCACCUACGAUGGCCAGCACAGCUCCCACCACCCAGUGGGUGUACCCGGGUGGCCAGAACGCACUCGAUAACUCAUUGCAGCAACAGCAACCAGAACUUCAGAAUCAAGGUAAGGUGAAGGACGAUAAGCCAAAACGGCGCUUGACGGCGUACACAUUUUUCGUACAAACCUGCCGAGAUGAGCAUAGGAAGAAGCAUCCCGAGGAACAAGUCAUAUUUGCUGAAUUUUCGCGGAAAUGCGCAGCACGAUGGAAGACAAUGCUAGACAAGGAGAAGCGCUGUUUUCACGAAAUGGCCGAAAAAGACAAGCAGCGCUUUGAGCUGGAGAUGCAAAACUACGUUCCGCCGAAUGGCGCAGUUGUUGGACGCGGAAAGAAACGGAAGCAGCGCAAGGAUCCGAACGCACCGAAGCGAUCGCUGUCGUCAUAUUUCUGGUUCUGUCACGAUGAGCGAAACAAAGUUAAAGCCCUCAAUCCAACAUACCGCGUGGGUGACAUCGCUAAGGAGCUGGGUCGAAGAUGGUCAGAUUUGAACGCUGAAAUCAAGCAGAAAUAUGAACAAAUGGCAGCGAAAGAUAAACAGCGAUAUCAACAAGAAAUGACCGAAUACAAGUCAAGGUGUAAAAAUGAACAGGGCGGAGGAACACCAGGACUGAACUUGCCGCAGCAAUUGCAACAGGCCGGUCUUCAGCCACACCUUCCUCCUUCCUUCCUCCUUCCUCCACUAGUGCCACAAGUAGCGGCGGCCCAGCUUCAGGCUCAUGUCGUUCAGGUGCAUCAUGCAACUGCUGCUGCCGCAGCAGCCGCCGUGCAACAGCAGAACGAUGACAACGACGACGAUGACGACGAUGAUGAAGAUAGUGAAGAGGAUGAUAACGAAUAA